AUGGAGGAAGCUAAACCAUCAGCAAUGACGUAUAUAAGGCAGUGGCAUACUAAGAUAUGGACAAGAAGUCAAUUUGGGACCCAUUGCAAGGUUGACUAUGUCACAAACAAUUUGACAGAGUGCUUCAACAACUGGAUAAAAAAGUUCAAAGGGCUAAAUUUGGAUGACCUUAUGGACAAGAUCAGGCAACUUAUUAUGGAUAAGUGGGAUGUUAGAAGAACAGUAUCAAGAAAGAUUGAAGGAAUUAUUCUGCCACACAUCAUCAAGAAUUUGAAAGAGCAAAGCAGGAACAUGGAUAUGGAUGUAUAG